AUGAACGAUGAAAAAAUCGAUCUAAUCAUUGAGCUGUAUAGGAAGAAGCAUGAUUGGAAUAAACAUGAAUGGGCCUAUCAGCAAAUUUUACAACCAUUUGAGUCUAGUUCUGAGGGAGAUGUAUCAGAGCAAGAAAAGGUAGGUGAAACAAGUGAGAAUGGAGAGGAAGAAGAAGUUGAAAGCACUCAUUUGUCUGCUAAAAGAAAGGGAAAGAGAGAGUUUAAGGAUGUUGGUGCUGACUCUAGGAAGAAAAGACUACUUUGCCAAAGAUCGACAGAUAAAUAUCUAGAUAUAAUGGUGGAAAUGAAGUCUUAUAUUCACGGUCUGUUUAAGUCUUCUUUUAUUGAAUUGGAGGAGCUGCUAGUUGAGACUAUCGAGGAUAAGAAUACAAGAUUUCAGGAGAAGGUCCUGUCAUUAAUAAUGAGUCGUGGUGAGGCACCUGCUGCGGCUUUCACUGCACCUACCCCUUUCACUGCACCUGCUGCAGCUUUCAAUGCACCAGCUGCGGCUUUCACUACACCUGCUGCGGCUUUCACUACACCUGCCCCUUUCACUACACCUGCUGCACCUACUGCACCAACUCCGGCUCCAACUCAGUCUCCUGCACCAGCAGCUUCUCGCAAAGGAGCUCCCACAGCUUCUCACAAAGGUGCUCCCACUCUCACUCACUGUCGUGCAACGGCUUCUACUCAGACACAUGCAUGA